GCCGGGAGCAGAUGGCAGCGCCGGGGCUCGAAUGCCACGGGAGCCCGGCUUCCCCGGGACAUGCCAUUCGGGAGAGAAAAGUAACUUAAGGCGGCCGCAGGCGGGGUCGGGUGAUGUAACAGGAAGCUCUGAUGUUUCGCUGCUGCCGCCGCUCCGCGCUGCCAGCGGACACGCUCCCGGCGCUCCCGCACAGCGCCGCUCCGCCGGGACAGCCCCGGGCUCUGGAUUACACCCGCCGGGCACCGCGCUCUCGGCUGCCCGCGGAGGGACCGGGCCACACGGCUCCGCACACCGCUCUGUCCGAGACAGCUCCGCACAGAUUUAUCCGAGACAGCUCCCACACAGCUUCAUCUGAGACAGCUCCGCACAGAUUUAUCCGAGACAGCUCCGCACAGCUUAGUCGGAGACAGCACGCACAGCUUUAUCGGAGACAGUCCCACAGUUUGCUCGGGAAGCGCUCUGGCAGGCGCGCUCGCGUUUGAGUUCAUUCAGCUACAACAUAAGAUUGACUGCAGCAGAUAUAAAAAUGACAAAAAUCUGGAUCACAUUUUUGCUGCUCCUCUUAUUGGUUACUAUGUUUUUUGCCACUGCUUCUCCAGCUGAAGGACAGCAGAACUCCACCAUGGACUUUGUCCAGCUGAGCGUUACCCGGAAUAAAAUCAUGACAGCACAGUAUGAAUGCUACCAGAAGAUCAUGCAGGACCCUAUUCACAAGAAAGAAGGUCCUUACUGCAACAGGACCUGGGAUGGCUGGUUGUGCUGGAGUGACGUUGCUGCCGGAACCGUGUCGGUGCAGCGUUGUCCUGACUACUUUCAGGACUUCAACCCAUCAGAAAAAGUUACGAAGAUCUGUGACCCAAAUGGGAAUUGGUUCAGACACCCAGAAAGCAACAGGACCUGGACAAACUACACCCAGUGCAAUAUCUAUACUCAUGAAAAAGUGAAGACUGCUCUGAACUUGUAUUACUUGGCCAUCAUCGGACAUGGACUUUCAAUUGCAUCACUUCUGAUCUCUCUUGGCAUAUUCUUUUAUUUUAAGAGCUUGAGUUGCCAAAGGAUUACCCUGCAUAAAAAUCUGUUUUUCUCUUUUGUUUGCAACUCUGUUGUAACAAUAAUUUCGCUGACGGCCGUUGCCAACAACCAGGAAUUAGUUGCAACUAACCCAGUUAGUUGCAAAGUGUCACAGUUCAUCUACCUGUACCUGAUGGGUUGCAACUACUUUUGGAUGCUGUGUGAAGGCAUUUACCUGCACACACUGAUUGUGGUGGCUGUUUUUGCUGAGAAGCAGCACUUGAUGUGGUAUUACCUUCUUGGCUGGGGUUUUCCACUGAUCCCUGCCUGCAUACAUGCUGUUGCAAGAAGCUUAUACUAUAAUGACAAUUGUUGGAUCAGCUCUGAUACUCAUCUGCUUUAUAUCAUCCAUGGCCCUAUUUGUGCUGCUCUCUUGGUGAACCUUUUCUUCCUGCUGAACAUCGUUCGUGUUCUCAUAACCAAGCUGAAAGACACCCACAAGGCUGAGUCCAACCUGUACAUGAAAGCAGUGAGAGCCACCCUGAUUCUUGUCCCUCUCCUUGGCAUCGAGUUCGUGCUGUUCCCAUGGCGACCCGAGGGCCGGAUCGCAGAGGAGGUGUACGACUACGUGAUGCACAUCCUCAUGCACUACCAGGGUCUACUGGUGGCUACAAUUUUCUGCUUCUUCAAUGGCGAGGUGCAGGCUGUGCUGAGGAGGCACUGGAACCAGUACAAGAUCCAGUUUGAGCACAGCUUCAGCCACUCGGACGCCGUGCGCACGGCCUCCUACACCGUGUCCACCAUCAGCGACGUGCAGGGCUACGGCUACGGCCACGACUGCGCCGGAGAGCACCUCAACGGCAAGGGCUACCACGACAUGGACAGCCUGGCACUCAAGACUGAGAAGCUCUACGGCUGAGGGGCUGCUCCCAGUGCACAGCUGAUCCAGCGACUUCAUGGCCAGAAGAUCUCACCUACCUUGGAAUAUGUCGUUCUCCUGGAUGAUGCAAACUAAACCAACACGUUUCUCAUUUAUAUGUGUGUGUGUAUAAAUACACAUGUGCAUAUACGCUUAUGUUUGUGUAUCUAUACAGUAUGGACAUCUGUGCAUAUAUAUCUAUAUAUGUAUGUGCAUUAUAUAAGGAUACAAACUUUGCCUCUUCAGUUUCUACUGUGUAGACAAAGUUGGCAAAUUUUUCUACAAAGGGAAUCAAUGAAGGAUUUCUUAUUUUCUUGGAAGUUUGUAUAAGACUGUGCUGUGUUGAAACCACUUCGUUUGCCUAUAGAAUCUUAGAGUGUAAAUACUAUACUCUGUUGUCUUAAUUCAACCUAAAAUAGAGCAAAGCAAAAUGGUUUAAGUAGGUGCAAUAAUAACAAGAAGUUUUCCAGGUUCUUUUUUUGGUCCAGCAUUCAUUUGGGUGUCAAAAAAAUGUGACAGGUAAGCUGAGGUAACAAAUUCAAAGAAAGACAGAUAGAUACUGCUGUUUUGGUUAAAGAGACUGAUGUUUUGCUUUGGUUUGGCCAGUUUGUUUUCUUCCCACUGUUUUACACCAAGCACAGAGACACCACUUCCAGUGUGAGCCUUCAUGUACUUCUGUACUGCAAUGUACUGUCUUGCACCAAGAUUUGAGCAAUUUUAUUGAAGCUAUUUCAGGAUAUUCAGAAGUGUCUCCUUCUCCUGAAUUGUAUGGAAGUUUCUUCUGGAUUUAACAAAGACAAGACUGAUGAGGCCUCACUGCCAGAGAGCAAAGGAGUAACCUGAGUCACUGUAAGUCUCUCCAGACACUUGUAGUAGCUGCAGCUGGUGGAACUUCACUGUGUGCUUAAGGAAUUUACUCAGCUGGAGAAGAUCACGUACAGAAUUCCUUGUGGCAUUGUUCUGAUUUUACUUUUAUGUAUUUCCCUGACCAUAUGAUUAGUAACUUAUUCCUUCGUUCUUGGGGCAAAGUUUUGGUUAAUUUUGUGGCUGUUUUUGUUGUCUGAGGCGAGUGUGCAAGACUGAACACAGUGCACAUGAUACACUACCUUUAAAGCCAGUAUAAGAGACCCAGACUAACCAAGCAAACUGAUGUUAGUAAUUCUCAUUAUUUGGAAAAUCCAGUAUAAGUUUUGUAUUAUAAAGGUUCAAAACUUUAUGGAUUGAGAAUUUCAAUAUUAUUUUGGAUUGGUUGAUUCUGAAUCUCUGUCUCAGUUAAUUAGAACAGUACUUUAUAUGUUGUUUCUUUGGUUCUUCUGGUGCAUAAAGGUCUCACUGAAAACCAAGAGGUUGUCAGGAAGGUCUUGAGAAAAUGUGCCUUUAUAGAAACUUACAUUUUUCUUAAAUCUUUACGCUUUAAAGAAAUAGUAGUUUUGUUAAGUGAAAUGACAAAAAUGCUCAAGAAUGACAGCAUGAAACGAGGUGAGUUCACUGAAAAUUAAAAAUGUAAGAAAAAAUUUUAUACAUUUCAUUUGCAGAUAAGUCUACUUGAAGUGGGGAAAAACCAAAAUUAGGCAGAAGAAAAAGUAGAUGCUGGAACUGUGACAGACUGUUUUGCCAAUGGACAUAUUUCUGAUGCAUGUAGUCCAGUCAAAAAAUUGGAAGACAGACCAGCUUGAAAUAAUUUUGCAUACAAAAUUAUUGUAUACAAACCACCUUGACUUUGACAUAUAAACAUUUUUGUCAGUAGCUUUUCUCUAUGCUUCAAUAGUGUCUAGGUAAUUUUCAGUGUUUAUUACUUUGUGACUUCAUAAGGUGUUUAAUGCUUUGUACUUACAGAGAAAACAUUAGGAGGAUAUGGCAAGGUCCUGCCACUUGCACCUUUCUUUAGUUUUUGGUUUUAUUUACAGUUCUUAUGUCUGGAGAGUAAACAUGGGAAGUGUUUUAUUAAUGAUAUCAUUUCACAAUGUAGAAUUUCAGCUAGGAUGCACAAAUGAAAAUUUCUCCUUUUCUGCAGGGCUGUCUGGUCAAUUGAUGGGGAUGAUUUGAAGACUCUGUUGGAUUGUGUAGAGCAGUGUGAGAUCUGGCAACCAGCUGUCACAGUCUCUUAAAAUUUAAGAGUGGCAGUAACAAUGUCUGCUAAAACAUGACUAGAGGUUAUUUACAACUCUGCUUGCUGGUCUUUGUAGUGUUCCUUAAUAUUUGUGCCAUUUGUUCUGAAGAUAUCAGUGGUGCAGAGAAUCCCUGCUCCAGUGCAGCAGCUUUACAUUUGUGGGACCAGAUCAUCAGCUGGUAUAAAUCUGUCUUGAGUUCCCUUUGCACAGUCUUCAGGUACCACUGAGACUCAAAGCCCAGACAGGUGUCUGUCCAUUUAAACAUGCUGUAAACUAUUUAUGGCAUAUUAUUAGACAAUUAUUUCAUGGUACCUGGUGGAUUGUUGCUGUAAUUAACACAUAUAUGUUGAUUUAGAGUGUGCUACAGUAUUAGACUUUAACUAAGCUUCAUUCUCAGAGAGGCAGUUCAAAUUUAACAGACUACAGAUUUUGUCAUUUAAUAUAUAUUUCUAUUAGAGAAAUGUGUAAUUCUAAUUUAGGAGGGAAAACUGUUUUUAUACAGAAAUUACCCUACUUCUAGGUGGACAUCACAGCUUCCUUCUAGGCACACCCUCCCAACUCCCAUCUUCCCUUUGGAUAAAAAACACAGCCAGCUGGAUGUGCAACAAAAUCUUUCUGGCUGUGAAGGGUCACAUGGUAUAGCAGAGCUGUUUUUCCCCUCUCCUGCUGAGGUUAGAUAAUCUGUUUUCUAAUUUACAUUGGAAAAUACCAAUUUUGUCUUCCUACCUCACCUUUUUUUUCAGUUUCUACAUAGCUAAGAGAAGGAUCUGCUUCUUAAAAUGUUUUUCUGUCACCAUAAGUUAAAAGCAAAUUUUUAAGCCGGUUUCUUAUGGCUCUCUUCUACUUUACAGAAUGUUGUAGUCCAUAUUCUCUGGAAUGGAGGUAAACUCUCUUUUGGUGGGGCUGUGAGAUUCCUUUGAACAUGCAGAUUAUUAUUUGUUUAGUACCUGUUAUUAUUUGCUGUUUCCUUUUUUUUUAAUUUAGUGAGGAUUUAUUGUAUCAAUCUACAGGGGCUACAGCAAUAGUUGUCUUAUAUUUGUUAUCAGUAACACCAGCAUGUUAUGAUUCAAUGAGAGAAAAUGUCUAUUUUUAAUGCUACUGUCUACAAUUAAUAAAUGGCUGCAUUGCAGGGUCCCUCGGUUGGUUGUUUAAUGUUGGCAUUUAUGUUAUUCAGUUUUUCAUGGUGGUGAUCUACAAGAGUAUUUUUCUGUAGAAAUGCUGCAACAUGUACUCCUUUUGAUGUCAAGAAACAUUUGGGCUGGCAACCAGGCAACAUUCAUUUAUUGUACUAUGUAAAUAAGAUUAAUAGAAGCUAUGGCAUUGUAUUUAUUGCUUACACUAAGAAGAAAAUGGAAAAAAUGUGAAGUUAUUUUUUUGGUUGUUUCAUUUUCACCUUGUUCAAAUGAAUCAUGCAUUUUAAUUGCUGAGAAAAGUAUUGUUUCUGAUCAAUAAAAUAUUACUCAAUUUAUUCAUCUCUCUUGUGCUGUAAUAUAACAAAGCUGAUCUAAACUGGCUUUCACAGAUGUCUUAACUCUGUGCUAGUUAAAUAUUAACCCAGGGAGAAAGUAAUUACAUAGAGUUACUAACAACUAGUCUGGUUUUCAGUGUUUUUCAAUACUUGUAUUUAAUACUAGAGUGCUGAAUUUCUGGAGGAAGUUUGUACAGGUAAUAUGAGAUGACUGGACAUAAAAUUAUUUACCUGAAAGUUUCAUAUUCCUAUUUCUUGUCUUCUGAAUCCA